UGCCUGGAACUUGGGUAUGGCGGGGCUACAUUUUGCCAAGCGGUUGCUUGAUUUCCUAACACUGGGCUCCAGAGAUGGAUAAAAGCCACUGGUGGCCUUAAAUAUGAAAAGACUUUUUACUUGGGCAACUAAGCGUCCACGCCACUUGAGGUCCUCUGUUGGGUUUGAAAAACCCUUAGGCAUGCGACCGCAUUUCGGAUACCACAUCCGAGACCCUGGAGACCUCGGUAAAAUCCAUGAAGCUGCCCGCUGGGGUGACGUGGCUGGAGUGCAGCAACUCCUUUUUAGUGGCUACUGCAGUGUCAAUGAUAAAGAUUACGAGGACAGGACUGCUCUGCACUGGGCCUGUGCGAAUGGCCAUACAGAUGUGGUCCGUCUGUUAAUUGAGAGAAAUUGCCUAAUUGAUCCUGUUGAUAGAAGAAAUGCAACUCCUCUGAUGAAGGCCAUACAAUGCCUUGAUGAAGAAUGUGUUACUCUCUUAUUGGAUCAUGGUGCUGAGCCAAACCAUACGGACAACACUGGCAACACCGCACUCCACUAUGUUGCCUAUGGUGAGAAUAUAAGAAUGGCAAAAAAAUUGCUUUCCCACAAGGCAGAUAUUGAAAGAAGAAAUAAGAAUUACCUCACACCACUUUUGAUUGCUAUUCUUGAAAAUCGAGAGAACAUGGUGAAAUUCUUAGUAACUGAAAAAGCAAAUAUUUAUGCAGCUGAUAAUAUGAAUAGAACUGCCCUCAUGUUUGCAGCACAGUAUAGUUCAGCAAACACAGUAAGCUUUCUUCUUGAAAGAGGUGUUGAUGUGUUUUCUGAAGAUAUCUUUGGCCAUUCUGCAAAGGCGUAUGCUCUUCAUAAUCGUAAUAUGGAAAAUUAUCAGCUGAUCCUAUAUUGUGAAGGAGAACAUGAACGUGAAAUUCAUGAAAAUCACAAUCCAGAGGUUGGGAGUUCUAAAGAGAAUACAACCAGGUUUUCAGAAAAGCUCAGUUUCGAUCAUCAGUUGACCACAGUUCAUGAUGAAGGUGUCACCUUGUUUGUCAAGGAGGACUCAUCAAAACCAGUAAGUGUAAAGGGAGAAAAUGAUUCUGCUGUUCCUCAAAAUAUUCCAGAAGAGCAACCAAAUAAAGAUGGAACAGAUGGUGCCCAUGGAGUCCAGAGCGAAAGUAACUGUAGAGUAGAAGAUGAAACUGAAGAAUCAACUUUGGAUCCUAAGGAGGGUGUGUCAUUGUCAGCAGGUGAGAAGAGUGGAAAGUGUAUUGUCAUCACUCAGCUUGCUUCAGAUAAGCCUGCUCUUAGGCAUGAAUUAAAUUCUGAUCAGGAAUUGGAUGACAAUAAGAAAAAUGGUAAAGAGUGGGCCUCUGAAUCUGAUUCUGAAGAGAUACAAUCCCCAUGGAAUUCUGAGGAAGAAUUAUUUUCAGAACCUAAAAUGAAUGAAAAUAAUGCACAAUUUAUUUCUUUCAUUAAACAAUUUGUGAGAAUGCAAGGUAUAGCACCUAACCCUGGAUCAGGUGCUGAGGCUGUAGAAUCACCAUGGGAUUCUGAGGAAGAAACAACAACGCCAGCAAGUGGGAAGAGUGAAAAUGAGAUUUCUGUCAUCCAAGAUACUCCAGAAGAAGAAGGAAAUUGCAAAUUGUUUUGUGGUGGGGAGUUGGACAAAGACCAUAUUAAUGAUAUGGUGUGUACCUUAAGAUCAGAAGAUGAACCUGUAAGAUCAACUUCAAAGCCAAAGGAAGAAACAUCAAUACCAACCAGUGGAAAAAAUGAAAAGAAUAUGGAUAUUGUUCUAACUCUUUCAGGAGAGCAUACCAAAGACAAAUCGUCUGAUGCUAAUGGGUCACCAAAAGAUAAUACAAUGGAUACCACAUCUUCCUUAAGAUCUGAUGAUGAGCCUGUAAUAUCCAUAUUGAAGUCGGAGUGCAUUUCCAAAAGAUCUUUGAAGAAAGAUGCUGAUGGACCUAUGGGGGCAGGUAAAAAAGAAGAUAUACAUGAACAGUUGGAAGGCAAAUAUAAGGAAAAAACAUUACAGGAAAGGAUUAGCAAUAAUUUUGUUGUUCAUUACAAUGACAUUGAAUAUAAACUCAGUGAACCUGAAUUAGAAAAUGUCAAGUUUUCAAUACAGAAUGACAUAAAAGCAAUACUCACAGAAAUGAAGGAAAACCUUGCUAUAAAUGAAAGUAAACAACCACAGGAAAAUACAUCAGCGGAAAAAAAUGGAAAAAUGGCUAAGGAUGUAGCUAUCAUUUAUAGUACCCUGCAAAUACCCCCUGUUGCUGAGGUGAAGAACAAAAGCAGUGAUGUAAUGUUAACUUUUGGUUCAGAAGACAGAAGUGCAGAGAUAACUUCAGAUCAUCAGAAUAUUUCAAAAAGAUCUUUGAAGAAACGUGCCGAUCAAUCCAGCACAGAAGAUAAAAGAGAAAAUAAUAUGAAAGAAAAAGUAGGAGGCAGAUGUAAGAAAAAACCCAUACCAAAAUUGCACAACAAGCACUCUGUUGAUCAAAUUAGGAGACCUGAAUUAGAAAAUGUUACUUCUGUGACACAUGAUACUAUUAAAACAACAUUCAAGGAACAACAAGAAUGGCUUCAUAGAAAUGGAAAUAAACAGCAUCAGUUUGAAGAAGAAAGGAAGCUUCUCAAAAGUCAUGAGAUGCAAGUGUCAGGGAACACGCCUGGAUGUGCUGCUUCUUCAGAUGACGGUGAUGACUCCGGACUAACUCAGCAGAGAAUGAGUAGAAAUCUUGAUAACAAGCAAUUUCCUAUUAAGAAACAUGAACAAUCUUCCCAGAAGCAGUUAAGAAGAGAAGAACAAUGUCAUAAAGAAGUUGAUGUGAAAUUACGACUUGAACUGACAUGCAAAACAUUAAGAAUGGAGUUGAAGACUUCAAAAAAUAAUUUGAACCAGGAAAGCACAUUUGCGCAGUCUAGUGGAAGUAGUGCAGUGGUUUUGCCUGCAUUCCAUAGUGAUCAACAAGAGCAUACGAAUGACAAGCUAUCUGAUGUCGGGGAGCAAAAAGGAAAAUCUAGUGAGGCAAUAUUCACCUUAAGAUCAGAAGAUAAAACUGCAGCGUCAACUUCAGAUUCUCAGGUUUUGACAGAGGUUAUUACCAGUUAUUACAUUAACAUAUACAAUGAAAUACAGGAUUUGAAGAAGAAAGUGAGUGACAUCAGGAGACAAUUCCAAGAUGCACAGGAUCAACAAAAAGAUGUACAUAACGCUGAGAAAAUGCAAGAUCAACUUAAAAAGCUUAAUUGUGAAAAUUCUGAAUUGAAAGAUUCAAUCAGAGAAAAGGAAAGCAAAAUUGAGCAUCUUAAGAAUAAUCUGUUGAAUCCACAUUUAUUCCUCAAAGCCAGAGAUAAAUAUCAAGAAGCUGUACAAAAUACUGAGAUGUCACAAGAUCAUCUGGAAAGUUAUAGGCUUGAACGUGCAAAUUCUGACCUGAAAAAUACAAUCAGAAGGCAAGCAAUCUUAACUGAAGAGCUUCGGAAAAUCCUGAUUUCAACACAAGGUUUGGUGCAGAUGUCAUCUCAAGGUAACUCAGAGUUCUUAAGAGAUAAUGAUAAUAGUUCAAUAAGGAGUCGUGUGGAACCAGAAAUCAAAGAGGUGGAUUCAGGGCUCUUUAAAAUUUCACAACCAAAGGAAGAAUUCUUUAUUGAAUUGGAGAAGUAUAAUCAAUUCCAUAGAAAAAAAGUCGAAGUUGGAGAAACCUUUGCAAAUAAAGCAUAUGAGACUGAUAAUCAACUAACAGUGAUCAGAACUAAAUUUCCUCAAGAGAAACAAUGGAAUGAAUGUUUACCCAGAACUAAUGCUAUGAGGCGUGCUCUAGAGUCAUCCAGUGUCACAAGACUAAGUAGUAGUUUAAUUUGCAAUAGAGCUUUUGUCCCACAGAAAUGCUUGGGAAUUCCUGCCUCACAACCUUCAUAUCACAGCACACUGGAAUCUUUGGACACGAUACAAAUAUCAUCUCACAAAAACCCAGAGUGUUUAGCAGGGAGUACUAAUCCUUCAACAAGGAGUAAGAAGGAACACGGAAUCGAAGGCCAGGAAUCCAAGGCUUCCGAAGAAAUGGAGAAAUACAGACAACUCUACCAAGAACAAGCCCAAGUUAGGACAUCUUUGCUAAAGAAAUUAGAUGAAACUAAUGAAAAGUUAGCAGGAGCCAGAAUGAAAUAUCUUCAGCAUAUGCAAAGAGCAUGCUCAAUAACUAAGUCUCUCACCACAAGUCCUCUUGUGGAGUCACAUAGUGUUGGCAAUUGCACUGAGAAUUUAUUGCUCAGUAGUAAUAUUACCUCCCAAGAUAACCUGAGGAAUCCUGCCUUACGACCACAGUCUUCACAGCCCAGCAUGCCAGACUGCUUGGACAUGAUCUCAGAAGAAUGUCAUAUGUAUGUUGAUUGGCAUUGCAUUGGCUAUAGCACAGAAAAUGAAAGAUUAUGGAAAAAAGCUUUUCAGAUUAUUGAAGGAUUUAGUGGUCAACAAAAGUUGACUUCAAUGCAGAACAAGCAAAGAUAUGGCUGAAUUUACCAAGCUAUCCAACAAUAAGCCAAAUCUGUCAACACAUACGUCCGAAAACCUUACAAGUAUAUGUACAUAUUCCAAAUAAAAGUUAUAUUGUAAACUUUA